AUGGGUGAUGGAGAAAGGAUAGUCACACAAACACUCACCUUAUGCUUCGAGAACGACGGCUCUCAAGAUGUUAAAUACGCACAGCAAGGAAUGUGGACUUUCCAUCACUAUGAGUAUGAAGGUUUUCAUGUGGAUGAUCCAGAAAAAACAUUCAAUGUUUGUUUGAGUAAACAACUUGAGAUCAUCAUGAUACCAAACAACACAAUGACUAAAUACGAUCUUGUCCCUGACAACUUUGGCCUGGAUUGUAUGCUUAACAAUCUCAUGGAGGGUUUUGUCUCUACUGUAUCCAAAGGUCUUAAUGACCAUGUAAAGCGGAAAAGCAUUCGGAAAUGGCUGAAACUACACCAGCCGCUUUUUGGUGGGAUUCUUGAAACCCAUAUGAUCACUUGUCAGAUUAAGCUGCCUUUUGUCUCUCACAACAUUCUUGUCUCUAUAGUCUAUGCCUCAUCUACUUGUGCCUCUGCCAGGAAGGAUCUAUGGGAGGAGAUCGUUGACACUGCAACUGCUAACCCUGCUAUUCCCUGGACUGCUCUAGGGGAUUUCAAUCAAACGCUGUUUCGACAUGAGCACUCCUCGCAAGAUGCAAACCUCACUACUCCGGGUAUGCGUGCCCUCGAACAAUGUCUAAGUAUCUCCUCAUUAGCGGAUCUCCCCUACUGUGGUAACACUUACACGUGGACAAACAAACAUACCGUUGGGCUGAUCGCCAAAAAGCUGGAUAGGAUUCUUGUCAAUGAUGAAUGGAUCACUGCAUUUCCCUCCUCUUUAGCCGUAUUUGGGGAACCUGCAUUCUCAGAUCACAGCCCCUGCUGCUUAUUCCUCGACAGUCAUGCACCAAAGCGGAAAAAGCCAUUCAAAUUCCUGGUUAUGUUGAAUCAGCACCCUGAUUUCGCCCCUCUCAUCAAGCUUUGGUGGGAUGCAUUAGCUUUCGAUGGAACCAAAAUGUUUGUUAUUGCCAAAAAGCUGAAAGCUCUUAAAUCUGUGAUAAGGGAGUUUAGUAAGACCACCUACUCAGGGAUAGAGAAAAGGACUCAAGAGGCGUACCUUCAACUUCUUCACUGCCAAAAUGAACUCCUGCGACUACCUUCCACUGAAUCGAUCAUCCAGGAGAAAGAGGUAGUAGACUCAAAGCAAGGUAUCCAAUCUCUAGUGGUGGAUUUCUACGAGAACCUUCUAGGCAACCAGACACAACUCACUACUGCCUCUGUCUUAGAAAUUGCUGAUUUGCUUCCUCAAAGAUGCUCUCCAGCCGCUAUACAAACUCUCUCGACCCAUGUCACACCUGAGGAAAUCCGUAGUGUUGUCUUCUCGUUGUCGAAGAACAAAGCUCCGGGCCCGGAUGGCUUUUGUGUCGAAUUCCUCACGUCACAAUGGGACACGGUAGGGAACUCAGUGGUUGAGGCUGUUCUUGAAUUCUUCAACACGGGGAAGAUGCUUAAACAAUGGAAUGCAACAAUUUUGACUCUUGUCCCUAAGAUCCCGAACGCACAAAGGAUUACUCAGUUCCGACCUAUUGCUUGCUGUAACACCCUCUACAAAAUUGCCUCUAAGAUACUGGCCAAUCGCUUGAAGAAGGUUCUACCUGAUCUCAUCUCAAACUCCCAAUCAGCUUUCAUUCAGGGCAGACUGCUGGUUGAAAAUGUUCUGCUUGCAAUUGAGCUGGUCCAGGGGUUCAACCAAAAGAACAUAUCUCCAAGAGGCAUGCUAAAAAUAGACCUUAUGAAGGCCUUUGAUUCAGUCCAUUGGGGUUUCCUAAUCAACACUCUUACAGCAAUGGGGUUCCCCGCAAGAUUCAUCUCCCUAAUCGAUCAAUGUAUAUCUACAACAAGUUUUUCAGCCUGCAUAAAUGGUGAAUUAUGCGGGUACUUUCGAGGAGCAAGAGGACUGCGCCAAGGUGAUCCUCUCUCGCCUUACCUAUUCGUUCUGGCGAUGGAGGUGUUCUCUCAGCUACUAACGCAACACUUCAGCGCAAACAAGAUUGGUCCUCAUCCUUCUGCUUUGUGUCCCCUUGUAUCUCAUUUGGCAUUCGCAGACGACAUCAUGGUGUUCUUUGAUGGCAAGACAAAUUCACUAUCCCAUAUAGUGGCAGUCCUUCAAGAGUUCUCACGCAUCUCGGGCCUCACUAUGAAUUUGUCCAAAACUGAACUGUUCUUAGGAGGAGUGACCCAAAUUGAAGCCACACAAAUGGCUUCUCUUGGCUUCAAUAUCGGUUCACUGCCAAUAAGAUAUCUUGGCCUCCCUCUCAUGCAUCGGAAGCUAAGAUUAGCAGAGUACAGACCCCUCCUUCAGAGCUUAACCAACCGGUUCUCCUCUUGGUCGUCGCGUGCUUUAUCCUAUGCAGGUAGACAACAACUCAUAUCAUCUGUGAUAUAUGGCACAAUAAAUUUCUGGAUGUCAGCUUUUAUUCUGCCAAAGGGCUGCAUCAAGAAAAUUGAAACUCUCUGCGCCAAUUUCCUCUGGAGUGGUGAUGUAACCAAGAAAGGCAUAGCAAAAAUGGCAUGGCGAGAUCUUUGUCUCCCCAAAGCUGAAGGUGGUCUAGGUUUCAGAUGCCUUUCCCACUGGAACAAAACAUUGAUACUCAAGCUUACAUGGCGGUUGUUGGCUGCAAGGGACUCCCUAUGGGCUCUCUGGCUGAAAAACAACAAAAUAAAAGAUGGAUGUUUUUGGAAGCUUGACAUCAAAAAGCAGAGUUCCGGGACCCUGAAAUCUAUGCUUAAGCUUCGACAUAUCACUUCUCAAUUUAUGAAAGCACAUUUGGGGAAUGGCUGUCACCUAAACUUUUGGUACGAUCAUUGGACUCCUUUUGGUCCUUUAAUUGAUUUCAUGGGAGGCUCUGGACCAGCCCAAACUGGUAUUUCUUUACACGGAUCAGUCGCUUCUGCAACCAAUGAAACAGGGUGGAACCUCAGACCAGCCAGAUCACCGCAAGCAGAAUCCCUCCAUAUCUACCUCACAUCGAUUACCACCCCUCUCCCUGCGGCGAUCUCAGACUCAUACUCUUGGCGGAUUGGGACAGAGGAAUUGGUGAACUUCUCCACCUCCAAGACCUGGGAGGUUUUGAGGCCACGUGCAAACGCACCUAUUUGGACUGCUCAGGUUUGGUUCAAGGGAGCAAUCCCUCGUCAUGCUUUCCUGUUUUGGCUGAUGCAUCAAGACAGACUCCCCAUAAGGACGCGCCUGAUUCGCUGGGGACUACAAGUUGAUCCCAGUUGUUGCAUAUGUGGGCUUCUCCCUGAGACCCGAGAACACUUGUUCCUGCGAUGUAAGCUCAGUGAGGAUCUGUGGUCUGCAGUCACCCGUCGCCUAGGAUACAGGCCAUUCUCCUUCCACACAUGGGAUGCCUUCUCAGCAUGGUUGGAUCUGAAAGACAACACUGCACCAAGGAGUCUGCGCCGAUUAGCUGCCCAAGCAACUCUUUAUGCUAUCUGGUCAGAGCGCAACAACCGCUAUCACAAUAACAUAUCCAUGGAAGGCCCUCUUCUGCUCAAACGACUUGACCGGCAAAUCCGUGACGCCAUCUUGGCAAAGCAAAAAAGGCGAAACUUCAAAGACCUUCUCCUUAUUUGGCUACAAUAUGACUAG